UAGUAAUCUGCGCGGCAAAAACUUCAUACAGACAUGGCAGAGUCAAUCACGAAGACAAUGGCGGCGAGUCGCAAGAGAUCAAAACCAGAAGCAGCACCGGCAGACACCUGCUGCAAGAGGCCACUGGACCCCAUUAAUUUCAACGAUAGACCAACACAUCUCACCAAAAUCAUCUCACUACCAAAAAAUGAAGACGAAGUCGAAACCCUCCUCGAAAAGACAAGCGCCCUCGCCGACGUAGUCUCCCACAACCGCAGCCUCGCAGUCCACACCGCCUUUGCAGCAACCCCCAACCCCAAACGCGACCCCAUCGCCAUCGCGAAAAAAGAAGCCGACGUCCGCGAGCUCGAAAUGUACGACCGCUUCGAAGACAUCGACUACCAGCUCCCGCCCACCAUGAGGCUCGACGUGCUCAAGGACGUGAAGCCGCUCGACAGGGAGAAUAAGAAGACGUCGGCGCGGUACGAGGACAUGGCGUCGUGCGUCGACGAGGUGUUUGGCACAAGGGGCGCAACGAAAGAAAAUGUGGCGUGGAUCGUGGAGAAUAUGGAGGUUGCGCUGCCGCUUGUCAAGUUCUAUUUGAGGGUCAAGAGGGCGAGGAGGAACCUUUCAGGCGGGCAGGAGUCUCUUUCGAGUAAUGAACUGGCCGAGUACCAGACUGUGCGAAAGAUUCGGAGUGUGCUGGGGGUGAGGAUGCAGAAGUUUCGGAUGGAGAAGGCUUCGGAGAGGAGGUUGAGGGGGUAUGAUGUUGUGCUGUUGAGGAGGCAGAAUGAGAUGGCUGCUAUUCUGAAGGGGCAGCGGGAUGGGGUUGGGAAGGGUGAUGGUUUAUCUGAUGAUGGCGGGGAGACGAGGGCAAAACGCCAGCGCUGUCAAGCAUAAUAGUUAGUACACUUAUGAGUGGCACGUUCUCAUCGAAGACGAUAAAUGAUCAGGAAUCGGGUUCGUUGAUAAUAAAGUCCUCAUGUUGAACUCAGCUCAAUCGUUUGUGCGGAGUGAAAAGAUUGUGCGUGCUCUGCUCUGCUCUGCGGCAGAAUCGGGUUUUCAGUCACUCCAUAUUUUGAAACCUC